AUAUUUAUUAAAAAUGGCGACUAAAGGUCAGUACGUCUCACUUACCCAACAGAUCGAAAGAGAGAUCGAGUCAGAAGAGGCUUCCUGCAAUCCUGUGCCGAAUUCCGGACUCGAAUGUCCAACGUAAUAGUCCCGAAAAGAAAAAGUCUCAACUGGAUCACACAAAGAUAUACGUAACUAGCCAAAGAUCGAACGGAAAACGUCAUGCUGCUUCCACGAAAUAGUUCUCAGGCUUCAGCUCCUCUAAUCACCAACAUUCUCAUCAAAAAAAACUAUAUAUUGGAGAUCAAACGCAAAUCCAUUCAGGAACAGGACUAUUAAUCCAUUCUCUAGCCUGCGACUGAAGCAGCAAUUAAUAUAUUUAAACCUAUAUUAAUGGCGAAUCAGGAAUACAUGCCCGGAUUCGUAGACUUCUUGCCCUCGAUGGCUAAGAGACUCGGCACUAACGGGCUAUUGGAGGAGCUUUGUAAGGGGUUCUAUCACCUGGUAGAUGAUGAGCGAGGACUGAUUACGCUUGAGAGCUUGAAGAAGAACGCCCGCAGACUCGGACUUGGUGAGUUGGGGGAGGAGCAGGCUGUGGAGAUGCUCAGAAUGGGGGAUUUGAACGGAGAUGGAGUAUUGGACUACAGCGAGUUCUGCACGCUCAUGCUUCGGCUCAGAUCGGAGACCAUUUAAGGCGACG